CAGUUUAACGUUUUCCAACACUAUACACCAACACACACAUCAAAAAAAUUGUAAAAUUUGUUAUAUCAAGGUUGCUUUGGAAAAUUUUUGUGAAAGAAAUGUAUUAUUAAGCAAAAUAAGUACUUAAUUAAUAUUUUACGUAAAGAUUUUGCAUCACAAAACUAUAUUGUGACCGUCUUCAAACUGGAAACACACAAUCACAAUGCAUAUGGACAGAAAUCAGAUCCAUUUGUAUUAAACUUGGUGUUUUUCUGUUUGAAAAUCAUACAAAAUUGGACAAACCCUCUGUGACUUUGUACGACAACAAGAGGUCGUACCCCCAAACAGUGCUCGGAAGGGAAGCUCCAUCAGCGAAGAUGGUACUUCCUCCUGCACCACGCAACCUCAAAGGAAUACCUCUGUUUCUAGCGAGGAGCAAACUGUGCAAGGAACUAAGUCGGGACACCGUUCGUUUAAUAAGUCUGCCUCCUCAAGGCAAAUUAAGAACCCGACUAUAAAACUAAAAGACACAUUUAACAGUAGAAAAUCCAAUCGAAGGCAAGAGGCACUGGCACUGGCACCAUCACCGGCACUUUCUGCACACACAAGCAAAAACUUAUCUUCGUUGGAAGCAUCAACAUCAUCAUCACAUACGGAGCAAUCAUCACCUUCCUCUUGGCCAAGGCUUCAUGCACCAGCUUCGAAGAGCAGAAAUAAUAUUUUAGUGCGAUUUUUGCGACACUUUUCCAGUAAUAAUAAUACCGCAACCAGCAAAACAGUGAAUAAUACAAACGAAAACGAACCAAGAACAACCGCAGCAGCUAACGAGAAUAUCAAUAAUAACGGCGAGCUGGAAAAAGCACAGGUCACAGCUACAGCAGAGGUCAGAGGUCAACACAAUGAAGAAAUCAUGGACGGGCGAAAAAGUGAGACUUCAGACAUUAAAAACCACCAACCAAAAAAAGGCGGUGGCAUAAUGCCGAGCAGCGGCAGCAACUUGAGCAAAGAAAAGUCGUCUUCGAAAGUUGCAUCUGAAAUAAAAACAGGAAAAAUGGAGGCCCGAAAGUCUUCCUCUGACACGGUGAUAGAGCCAUCGUCGUUGAUCAAACAACACUCGGCACCACAGUCAUCGACGCCAACGACUCUGACGGCAAAUUUUGUGCAAAAUAUGCGAUUUGUGCGCAAGAAUGUUGAACAAUCGACCAGAAAUGCCAAUCCGUUGCAGUUUGUGGAACUGGAAACGGAAUUUCCACGCGACUACGAUGAUAACAUUGAGAUGCUGUCACGCGAGGCCGAACAUUUGGAGGAACAAUUCCGUACGCCAACGCGAUCGAAUGCCCCAGAUGCGACCGCUCAUCAAGUGGCUGGUAUUAUUGAGAAUAUCAUUACCGAGGCGUCGCGAAGUCUUGUAAUUGAAAAAAAGAAGACUGAAGACGACGAUGUGCCAUCAAAAUCCACCAACAAGCAGUCAGGUGGGGUGAAGCGUGUUGGCUUUCAGGUUGAGGAGAAAGACGAUACCGAGACGAUCCACAAAGAGAAGAAGCCAAAGAGCAUUGACGAUGUAGGAGUCAAGGGGUCGUCGGAUAAUACCGAGGUAAGUUCUGAGGGCUCUGGUUUAACUGGAACCUCGGCGGACACAUCGGCAUCGCUUCUGCCGUCCACAGCGACGGUCUCGAGCACAUCGUCUGCCACAUCGUUAACAAAGAGUAAAAGUGAUGAAGAUGAUGAUCCGGUGGCCAUGUCCCCAUGCGGUCGCUUUUUCAAAUACGACAAAGAGGUCGGUCGUGGCUCAUUUAAAACCGUUUAUCGUGGCCUGGACACGCUGACAGGUGUGCCAGUUGCCUGGUGCGAAUUGCUUGAUAAGCAAGUGAAGAAAAGCGAACGCACUAGAUUCCGUGAGGAGGCAGACAUGUUAAAGAAACUUCAGCAUCCAAACAUUGUACGAUUCUAUACAUAUUGGGAAUUUCCGAUCGGCCGUAAAAAGAAUAUUGUACUAGUCACAGAGCUGAUGUUAUCCGGGACAUUGAAAUCCUAUUUAAAACGUUUCAAAAAGAUACACCCAAAGGUAUUGAAGUCAUGGUGCCGUCAGAUCCUGAAGGGCCUCAACUUUCUGCAUACUCGUCAAUUUCCUAUAAUUCAUCGUGAUUUGAAAUGUGAUAAUAUAUUUAUAACCGGCACCACGGGUAGCGUUAAGAUCGGCGACUUGGGUCUGGCCACACUUAAGAAUCGUUCGCAUGCUAAGUCUGUGAUCGGCACCCCCGAGUUCAUGGCCCCCGAAAUGUACGAAGAGCACUAUGAUGAAUCGGUAGAUGUCUAUGCGUUCGGCAUGUGCAUGUUGGAGAUGGCAAUAUCGGAAUAUCCGUAUAGCGAGUGCAAGGGACCAGCCCAGAUAUACAAGAAGGUAAUUUCCGGCAUAAAGCCAGCCGCUCUGGCCAAGGUGGAGGAUCCCAAUGUGAGGGACAUCAUCGAGCGAUGCAUUGAGCUGAAGAAAGAAGAUCGCCCCAGCUGCAACGAGCUCCUGGAGUCGGAGUUCUUUGACGAAGAUAUUGGAAUUCGUGUUGAGCCAACGGCCUCCGAACAGUUUCUCUCCGAUCCCAGCAUUUGCAUCAUAGAGUUCCGAUUGCGAUUCCUAGACCCAAAGAAGCGUUCAUCCCGACACAAGGAGAACGAGGCGAUUCAAUUUGAAUAUAAUAUAACGAGCGACGACUACGAGAAGAUUGCCCAGGAAAUGAUGAAGGAGAAUAUUAUCUCAGAGGACGACUCCCGUGCCGUUGCACGCCUUCUGAAGGUUCAGGUUGUGUCGCUUCUCAAGGAACGGGCUCAGCGUCAGACGCAAAUCAAACUGCAGAACGAGAAGUCUCGUUUGGAGAAACUAGCCCUGCAGAAGCAACGCGAGAGCCUCCCCACCAAUGUCGAUGAGGAUGAGGAGGAUGAAGAGGACUCUGAGGAUGAGGAGGAUGGAGUCAAAUGGAAUCAACGGCUGCAACUGAAGUACGACCUGCUAAACACCGACUCCGAAACCAGCCUGGCCCUGUCCACGAACAGCGUUGAUCCGCAAAAUAUUCCAAACCGAUCGAACACAUCGAUUCAGGCAAGCGGCAGUCAACAGCAGCCAUCGAUGCAAGUGCCUCUGGCCUCGCCAGCAAUAUCCAUGCAGCAAAAGUCAACAGUGCAUUAUAUACAGAAUCCACAGCUGGCAUCAUACCAAAAUGCAAACAACUUGAUACAGGACAUUGCCAACAGCCAGGUGCAGGUGCAGGUGCAGGUCCUCUCACCAACAGGCAGUCAGCAACAACAGCAACCCAAUGUAGCGCCCCAUAUAGUAGUGCCACAACAACAUCAAAUGGUGCAGCAGUCAAACAUAGCUGAGGCACAUGUCAACGUCAGCCAGCAGCAAGCACAAGUCGCACAGCAACAGAUGCUGGCACAGCAAUUACCUCAACAAGUUCAGUUGCAGCAGGUGCCGUCUCAGCAAUCCAUGCAAUCUGUGAUGGCUCCGCAGCAACAUGAACAGCAGCAGCAGCAACAGCCAAUGGGGGGCGAACAGCAAAAAAGUCACCAAAUUCCUCAGUUGCAACAACAGCUUCAGCAGCUAAUGCAAACGAAUGUGCAGCCUUCUGAUUUGGUACAACAGCAACAGCAACAGACUCAGCAAUAUUUUCAGCAGCAGCAGGCUCAGGUUUCAAUGCAACAAAUUCCGCAUACACAACCACAACCGCAUCAAUAUACCCUGCAUCCAUCCCAGCAACAAGGACAGGGGCAACAGCAACAGCCGAUGUCCCAGCCCCACCCACAAAUUCAGGUACAUCAACAAUCCUUUCAACAGCAGCAAGUGCAGCAGACGGCCUCCUCUCAGAACCAUCAACAGCAGCAGAUUCUUCAGCAGCAAAUUGCACAGCUACAGCAACUGCAACAGAACCAACAACUGCAGCAGAGCCAACAACUGCAACAGACGCAGCAACAGCUACAGCAGACGCAACAACAACUGCAACAGAAUCAGCAAAUGCAGCAGAACCAACAACUUCAACAGAAUCAGCAACUGCAACAGAAUCAGCAACUACAGCAUACACAUCAGCAGCAACAGCAGUUUGUCCAUCAGCAAUAUCAUCAGCAGCAGCAACAACAUCAACAACUUCUUUCUGGAGCGCAAGUAAUGGCUCCGCAACAGCAGGUUCCCAUGCAAUUACAAGUACAAAUGCAGGUACCUACAUCUGUAGCCCCAACAAUGCAGCAGCAGCAGCCGUACCAACAGGGCCAGCAGAUGGCCCCUCCAAGUGGCCAAAUGGCACUUGGUGAGGUUCAACAGCAGCAGCCGCAACAACAGCAACAUGCUACAUUUGCGACAGUCUCUGUGCAGCAACCACAAUUUAUGCAGCCGAUACAACUAUCAUUGCCCUUGGAGCAACAAUUACAACAGCUCCUGCUCAGUCAGCAGCAGCAGCAGCAGCAGCAAGCACAGUCGAUGGCUCACCAGCAGCAACAGCAACUAACAGAGCAACAGAUGCACAUGCAGAUUCAGCCAGCAAACACACAGGCACAGACUGUAAGCCAGGAACAAGCUGUUACCUCUGAAACUGGUGUGGCGCCAAACAGUCUAAAUCUUCAGCUGAAUCUUGAGACAAGAGUUGAUCAACAAUUAUCCACGGAAGCAGAGAAACAGCAAAGGCAACAGAGCGCCGCUCGUUCCCAAAAACCAAGGCGGUCCAAUCGGAGCGGCAAUGAACGGAUACCGAAAUUAAGUGUCACCAGUGUCGAUGAGGGUAGCGUCAUCAACUGCCACAUGGAGAACAAGCUAAAGACCAUAACAUUCAAGUUCGACAUUGGCGAUGUGAAUCCUGUUGAAAUUGCCAAUAAAUUGAUCGCCCAAGAUUUGCUUUCGAAUUGUCAAAGCACAGUAUUUGUGGAAAUGAUUAAUGAAAUUGUUGACCAGGUCAAACAGAAUCCCAAUCAAAUUCCAAUACCAACUAAUUAUCGCCGCAAUAUUGAAAAGGUCCGUCACGCGUCUCUAACUCGACAGCGUUCCACGUUUAGGUCACACCAAAGACAUAGAUCUCGGGAUGAAACAGCCAGCGACAUUACCAAGAUGUUUGAACCAACUAUACAUGGAAUUGAGAAUUUGCCAUCUGGCGGCGGAGGUGGAGGAGGAGGCGGAGGAGCCACUGAAACGACGAACACAACGAAUCUGACUAGCGAAGCUAGAUCGCAAACUUCGAUGCUGGCAAAUGUGGAGCAUCCGACGAACAUUGGGACGCCACCAAAUACAGCUUCAACGAUGUCAUCCUCUUCAACGGCGUCGCGGGAUGCACACAAUGGCAGCAAUGACGUGACCAUCGGAUCUGGUUCGGUGUCACGGAAAACAAGCACAGCUUCUGAAUACACGUCCCUAUCGAUUGACUACAUGCCUGAUAAUAACAUAACGCCAACGGGUAACGAUAUGCUGAAUACGCUGGGCGAUGCACUGGCCAAAGAUAACUCACAGAGUGUCCAACUUACCGCACGAGGUCAUGCCAUAACUCGAAUGCAAAAGCUGUUGGAGUCGGCUGGUGGGACUUCAACGCCACGAAGCCUGAACCUGCCAUUGAAUCGGCACUUAAACAUCCAAGAGGACCUGAAGCACACCAGGAGCCUUGGAGACUUGAGCGGUGUCAAGAUUACGUUUGAUAUGCCUAAUAGAACGAUGACAGGGCCUGCGGAGGACAACAGUCACCAAGAGAAAGCAGUUCAAAUGGAGAAGCCCAAGGAUAAAUCUGCUGGGCAGCUAUCAACAACGCAAGGAACUGGCGCAGGAACCGUAGCAGCCAACACAUUAGAGCAAUUAAAGAUCGAACUGGAGAAUAUUACGCAUGCACACGCCUUUGCCUCCGCUGUGGUGGCUUCCAUCAGUACCCGUACCGCACACCAGGCAUCGCCAGCUAUUUCAUCUUUAACGGCCUCUACAGGCCAGCAGCAGACACAAGAUUUAAUAAACAAAUCGAAUAAUCCUGUGGGCGCUAGUGGAUCCACAACUUCAAUUGGUCAAAAUGCUACUGGCUCUUCUGUAUACAAUUCUCGACGUGCUUCCAUGGACAACAGCAUGGGAUCCGAUAUUCAGUUGCAUGGAAAUACCUCCUCCAUUAUUGAAGGACCCGCUACUAGUACAGAUCCCACACCAACUGAAGCGUCCAAUACUGGUAUUAUUGUCGCCGGCACGACAGUUGAGAAGCAUCUCUCAAAGCAGGGAAGUUUGGACAAGGCGUGCAACACGUCCAUUUGUGUAAGCAGCAGCAAUGAUGUGCCGCAAAGAAAUCCCAGCAACGGAUCGCUUAAUCAAAACUCUAUAGCAGAUCUAGAAAAGAAAUUGGCAGCGUUGCGGAACACGGACAAUGCAGAAGAGCCACAGCAGCCACAAACUGCAACAUUGACGGCGGUACCAAAGCCAGCUGCUGAUGAGGCAGUAGCAACACACCCAAGUUCCCGUAAAGUGUCCCGGUUUAGUGUCAGUCGAGUACAAGAGCAGAAAACUUUAGCUGCCGCUGAGGAAAGUUUGCAGAAUCAACUAAAGAUCGAUUUGUCGUCGGCUUUGGGCCCUGGUGGGCAGGGCCAGCUUCAAAAUAAUGCCACAAAUAGCUCUGUGCAAAACGGCAGUAUGGUGAAUACACCCACAGAACUUAUUAGCUCGCCUAUACAAAACGUUCCGCUGGCCAUUAACGGAAUUCAGUUGAUUUACCAACAGCAGCCACAGCAGCAGAUGCAUCCUUCUGCGAAAAGUAUGGUUAACAGCGGCGUGAACGUAGUGCCACAAGUCUUGACACAAAACGGCACACAAGUGACGCUCUCCGGCAUUCAGUCACAAGGUCAUCCCCCACAGCAGCAGCAGCAACAACUUGUGCAUCCUAAUAUGCCACAACAGACACCAUCCAGUGUCCAUCCUCAGAUGAUGAACACUCUUCAGCAGCAGUCGGUGGCGCAUCAGCAACCAAUUAUGACACAACAGCAACCAAUGAUACUGCAACAGCAGGGUUCCCAACAAUUCUCGCUGCCUGCAACGCAACAAAAUCAUACACCGCAACAGUUCAUCCAAAUGCAGCAGAAUCAGCUUCAUGCCCUACAGUCUCAGGUUGUGGGCAUGUCUCCGGGAAUGCAGCAACAGCUUUCGGCCAUGCAGUCAAUGCAGUCAGCCCAGCACCAGAUGGUAACACAACAGCAACAGCAGCAACAGCAGCAGCAGCAGCUGCAAAUGCAAACUCAUAUGCAGCAGCCGCAACAGAAUGUUGCAGGCUUGUAUAAUCAGCAGAAUGCUAAUUGCGGAGCGACACAACAAGGCUUUCAUGCUGGUGUUCCCAAUCAUCUGUUGCAGCAGGCGAAUUUGAUGGGAUCACAGCAACCCUCGCAGCCGUUGCAACAUGUUAUGCAGCCUCUUUUUAAUGUAUCGCCCGGUGAAGUUACCGAAGAGCCUGUUUCUCUAGCUGCAACGCAUCCCCAUUUAUUGCCGAGCGAUAUACAAUCUGAUAUAAAGCAUAAUUUGGACUCAUUGGUCAACCAAUUGUGUAACACACGCUUGGGCACCAAUCAACAUCAGCGGCUGUUGCUGUUGCGCCAGAGACAGCUCAUCGAAGAGGACGAACUGCGUUUGAAACACUAUGUGGAAUACGAAAAAUUUCAAAAAUCUCUGCGCCAAUCUUUAAGCACAAACGUUCCAGCUACUACGACAUACUUUUCAGCACCUCCUGCUGCACAGCUUCCAACUAAUUUAAAAGCACCUGCUCCUCCGCCCUCAGCAAAUCCGACAUCCACAAGUUCUGCAAACACAUAGCUGCGCUAAAAUGUUUUGCUUCAUUCAUUCGCCUUUGACAAGCCAUCACGACUAACAGCCAUUUCUAUGUUCUCGGCAAUAUAAUUGGCACGAGUGUUUGUAUGUGUGAGAAGGUGGAUCUGGCCUGGCCCUAGCCCUGGCGGUAGAAA